AGAAAAAAAAAAGAAAAAAGAAAAAGGUAAAACACUACAAAAUAAUAAUAAAAAAAAAAGAAAAAGAAAACGAAACCCCAAAUUCUCCGCUUCUCACUGGAAUAUGUAAAAUUAAAAAAGAUUAAAAAAUAAUAAAAAAAGAGUCAAAAAGCGUGCUGCACUCCGAGGCAGUGAGAGCACAGCAGCCGUAGUGUCGGGGGGUGAGAGAGACAGAGAGGGAUGGGGGCGGAUGCGGAUGCGGAUACGACGCCGUCGCUGGACGGAGGAAGAGAAGGUAGAGGAGCUGGCGGGAAGCUUCGUAAGCCGUCAGCUAGGAAGCCGCCGACAACUCCAUAUGCUCGUCCAGCGAAUAGCCUAGUUGAGAGGGGCCAGCCUCGCCGCUGGCUUUCCAAGCUUGUUGAUCCGGCUUGCCGGCUCAUCGUUACCGGCGCCAACCGAUUCUUGCCCUCCUUCUUUUCCAAAUCGACUUAUUCUACCGCCUUGCCUGAGACCAAUGUGGAAGAUCACGAUAAAUGGGACACGGAGGUGGAACCAAAUGCUUGUGGUGGGGAUCAUGAUUGCAGCUUAAAUCAUGAGUUGCCCACAACAACUGAAUUAGCAGGUCCUAGCAGAGCAGAUAAAUCAGAGAGUGCUUCUGACCUUGAUUUACACAAGCAAGAAAAGGAUGGUGACCUACCCAAUGACAAUGGACUUUUUGAAAUAGAGCAGCUGCUGAAGGAGAAACAUUUUUCAAGGGGCGAAGUGAGUCGUUUGAUGGAAAUAAUAAAUUCAAAGGCUGUUGAACUUCCUACAUUGGAGCAUGAACAGAAAAAUCAGAGUAUGGCUGCAGGAGGAGAAGCUGAGGGACCUGUGGUAUCCCAUGAAAUUCAAAAGAUGUCGUUUGAGAAAAAUAAGGAAGAUAAAAGUGGAGCAUGGGAUUUCUCAACUCCUCUUUGCCAGUCAGUUAUGGCGGAUAAAGUUGGUGCUUCUCCAAUUGAGAUUGCAAGAGCAUACAUGGGAAGCCGAACAUCAGAAUUAGACAUUUCUUCUAAGAGAAUAAUAUCAAAUGAUGAAAGGAAUUUGUUGCUUGACUCUGAAAUAGCGAUAGAGCCGUUUGUUCCAUCACCUUUGUCUAAGCCAUCUGCAUGCUGGCCAGGUGCUGUAUUGCAGGAUCAACGUGGUUAUUCAACACCUCUAAGUCAGAGAGGCAGAUUUGGGCUUCAUAAUUUUCCCCGAACCCCUUACUCUAGAAGUAUCUUUUCAAAGUCCAAGUCCAAGUUAUCCCAAUUACAAGGUGAUAAAGAUAAGUUGCUGAUCCCUUCUUCUUCCCUGCAACAAUGUCAGACUCCUACAUUUGGACAGGUUAAUUUGAGGAGUGAUGCAUUGGAUGAUCAUUAUGGAUCGGUGGGACCAAUUCGUAGGCCUAGACAUAAAUUUGUUGCACAAACACCUGCUAGAGGAUCUAUCUUUGUUAAUUCUUCAGUUGGGCCUUCAAAGGUUGAAAACACAAAUCCUUCCAGAGCUUUUUUGCCUGCUGUCAGGAAAAAUUUUGAACAUGGUGAAGCAAGUAGCAGCUCCCAAUUUCAGUCAGUAGAGAGAAAGCAACGAAGUUUUGAAGGCGUUCCAACUGUUCAUCCACAGUCUACUCAGAUUGCUAGGAAAAUCCUGGAGCACAUUGAUAGAAAGACACCAACUCCUAAAGAUAAGUCAGAGGAGUUAAAGCUAGUCACUUCAUGGAAGAAAACCCCAUCUUCUGAUUCUACUUCAAUCAUUUCGAAUGGAUAUGAUAGCUUACUGCCUGUAAAAGGGUUUUACUCUGAUAAGAUCAUGGAUCCGGAUAACCCGAAAACGUCUGCUAAAGAGAGUGCUGAUAAGUCCAAUUCUCUUAUGAAGAGUACUCUUGAAGCUACUGAUACUGUAAUAAGCAGAGUUCCGGGUUCUGAUGCCUAUAUUGGCAAUGGGGGUGAUGGAGGUUCUGUAAGCAAGAGUUUGCUUGAGGGUGUCCCGAAGAUCACCUCCUCUCAGUUGCCAGAUCUUCAGAAGAAGCCUCCUCUUUCUUCGUGGGCUAAGCCUGCUUUAUCUAAUAUCGCCAUUGACAAGCCAGAGUCGAAGUGGAGAUUUUCUUCAGAUAAUAGCUCCGGGUUUUCCUUUCCGGUUUCAACAUCCCCGGAGGUGCUCUCCGAACCACCUACGCCAUCAAUCAUGCCUACAUUCUCAGGAAGCAGCCAACAUCAUCCCAACGAUGCUGUUCCUAAAUACACUUUUGGUGAGGCGAAGUCUGGUCCUGACCUUGUAUUUUCUUUCCCGUCUACGACCAACACUGCCAUUCAUAAUGAUGCUUCAGAUAUUAAGUUCAGCUUUGGAUCCAACAAGACGAGGAUAUCUUUCGGUUCAAUAGGAAAAAAUACCAUCUGCUAUUAACUGAAAGGAAAAUUUGCUAAUGUUUUUCCUUUUUUCUUUAUGAUUUUUUUUUUUCAAGGUGAAAAUUUCUGUAAGAAUUCUUAAAUAAGUUGUAUUCUCUCUUGGUGCAGUUGAUUUUCCUCAGUUUCAAGUAGACCUAUAUAAAAUUGUUGAGUUUUGAGAGA